AUGCCGCAAGAACUGAAGCGCCUGGAUCCAGACUAUUUGCCAUUCAUCACUAAAAAAUGGGUGGAACCAGAAAAUAAUUGCCAAGAUUACGUUCAAUUCCUGUUGGAAUACUGGGCGUCGGCGGUGCUAGGCGUUGCAAUGAUGGGAAUAGGGGUUUCGAUGAAGCUGGUUCCAUCAACAGCCAUCGUCCGAUUUUGGAUGUCAUUUGUCCAGCCUAUUGCUCGACUCGGCACUAUUGCGUCAAUACACCAGUUUCAAGGUCAGAUAUUCAAACUCCUUCGGUCACAGCAGCCAAAACCAAUUGGGUUCUUUCCUUGGGCAAUGAGAUUUUUGGUAUCGCGCACGGUUGCGGUGACACCACUUGUGGUCUCGUUCGACCUUGCCAGGGCGUUUUUUCAUUUACAACGAGACGGUCUUGUUGCUUUGUAUAUGUCAAUUGUAGCUCUUUUUGUUGGCACGGUCGUCCGGAUGGACCAAAAGGGAAGGGACGGGUUUCAGAUGCUCGAAAAGAGAUCUUCCUGGACCAAAGUCUUGCACUCAUUUGCUGUGGUUGCAUUCUGGACGAAGCCGCUUGGCAAUCUCCGCCAGACUCUUCGGCGUAGUCAGUUCUCAUUCUGGAAAUAUGUACCAAAGAGGUCAUACGACUGGUUGACGUUGUGUGCUUCGUCUUCCGUUGGUCUCUUGGCACUACUUGGUCCCUGGAUCCAUCUUGGAUUCUUGUUCGAUCAAUUCCGAAUUGUUUACACCCAUGACUUGUCUCUGUCAGUGAGUUCUCAGGUGUUCAAGGAGCAAAUAGGAAACGAGUCGGAAAUGGAACAAAGAAUGAAAUGGAGAUACCGAAUCGAGUGGAGGGAAGAGAAGCGUCUGAAGCCAUUACUAAAAGAAUGGAUUUCGGGCUUGGAAUAUUGGUUGUUUAUCAAAGGGACUGUUCGCGAGAAACUCGAAAAUGAACGAAUCGAGAAACUCAAAGCAGAUUUAAAAAAGGGUAACAUGGUUUGGGAAAAGGUGCAUGCAGAUAGCUUUCCUAUGUCGAAUAGACAGCGAUGGAAAACAGAUGCCAUGGACCGCAUCGCAAAGAAACAUCAAGAGGAUUACGAUAACAAUACCUUCGAGGAUCCCUUGGGUGUCGCAGUACAGCAAGCUCUUGGUAUUGGUCUUGGAUUCAACUUCGACCAUUCAAGACCCUUGGAACCUGGCGAAAAACCGUCAAUUCGAAGGUUGCAGGCUCGGGCGGCCAAAAGCGCCGUUCGACGAGUCCAGGAGCUCUAUAAUGCCGAGGCCGCGAGCGAGAAACUGGAUCAAAUAGAGGAUCCUGACGAACGAGAUAGAAUGGCUAAGGCGUUCCGAGAAAAAACUGAGAUAGACAUCAAAUACUUGGCCAACCGGUUGACUGAACUUAUUCCGAAUAGCUAUUCUGGCGAAUUUGACGAUUUCGGGGAAAUCGAGCAGUUUCGCGACACACGGAGAUACAAACGGGCGUCGUCUCAUGAGUAUACAUUUGAAAACCUUGUAGACACUGAAUCAUUGGUUGGGUUCAAGACUCCGACUAGUGCUGACAUUCGAGUUGAUGGGUCGGAAAAAGACUCGUCUAGUAGAAAUCCCAUCAAAGAGUUUGAAUCGUCCUUGGACCAUCUUGAGAAUAAAGAUUCUGACGAUAGUGACGAGUCCAUGAUUCUUGCUUGA